AUGUCUACCGCUACUCUCCAACCAACUCCCAUCCACCGCAGCAAGCCCGUCGCUGCCCCUCACACCACCACCACCACCAUUCACAGCCGCCAGGUCCUCGCCGCUCCCUCGCGCAAGACCAUGUCCGUCACACAAACCUACUACCUCGCGCACAAGGCGCGCGCCAAGCUCUCGCGCGAGGCCGCCCAGCCCGACCACGACCUGCGCCUGCUCGUCGGACACGCCAACCUGCUCGACUCGCUCAUGGUUGAGCUCGCCGACGCCGAGCGCGAGCAGGAGCGCUGGUUCAACCAGUCUGUCCGCGGCACCUCCAAGACGCCGGCCGCGAAGCAGCGCCACAUCCAGUGGGCGGAUCGCAUCGUCGAAGAGCCCGCCACAGCCGAGGACGAGUCCGACUCGGACUCGGACUCGGAUUCCGACUUUGACUAUGACGACGAGGACGCCAAGAUGACCACUGCGCUCCCGACCAUCACGGUCGAGCAGGUCGAUGAGGAGGAGGACGACGAGGAGGAGGACUAUGCUCAGCUCGAGCUCGUCCGCACGCCCUCGCAUAGCAGCUCGCCGCCGGAGCUCCUCCUCGACCACCACGACGACGACUCGUCCGACGACGAGUCCAUGCCGCCCUCGCCCGCCGAGGCGCCCCUACCCUUGCCAGACACCAAGCACGCCAAGGAGCAGCAAGUGUACGGAGAGGAAGAGUACUACAGCCGCCGCAACCCGACCGGUCUGGUAUCGGCCAUCAUGGUCUACUAG